AUGGAGUUUGAACGACACUUUCAUGAUAUAGUCUCCAAGAUGCCAUUGGCCAGAGAUUGGAUCUUGAGUACUCAGUCUACACAAUGGGCUAAUGUAUUUUUUCAAGAUUGUAGGUGGGGAGUGAUGGACAACAACUUGGCAGAGUCUUUUAACCGAUGGAUCUUAGCUACUAGGUUCGUUCCUAUCACAUCUUUGGUGGAUCAUAUAAGAUCACAGAUUAUGGAUAUGCAUCAUCAGAAGCAUGAGCAAAGAGCAAAAUGGCACAAUUAUCUUUAUCCUAGGCAACAGAGGAGGCUUCAAAAGAACCAUCGAGAGGGCCGCACCUUAAGCCUUCAUGUAGCAAGUAGAACAAAAUAUGAGGUGUUGGAUGGAGAAGAAAGACAUGCAAUUGAUUUGUCUAAUAGAAUAUGCACUUGCAAGCAAUUGCAAUUGAAAAUGAUCCCUUGCAAGCAUGCUUGCACAUCCAUUGAGGAAAAGGAUGACACUCUCCACUCUUAUUGUGAUGAAUUCUUUAUCGUGAAGAUGCACCAACUAGCAUAUAGAGAAAUCAUCAAUCUUGUCCCCACGAUUGAGAUGCCAUCUGCUGUCUUCCCAGGGCAAGUGAUCAAUAUCGUGCCACCCAUGACUGCACCACGAACAGGCGGUCCUAGGACUAGAAGGUAUACCGAAUUAGAAAGAUCAUUAAGUGAGAUAGAGCAUGCUCGAGCAAUAUUUGAACUUACGGUCACUCAACCUAUAUUGGACAUGCCAGAGCUGUUGUGUAAGGCUUGCAUUGACUACGAGUACGAGAUAUCUGGGGGUGAAUACGAGAGAACAAGGCAAGUCUAUGAGAGGUUACUUGAUCGAAUAAAGCACUUGAAGGUAUAG